CCACCUCCCUCUCUCGCAGUCAAGACGCUCCAAACUUGCGGAGCGCACCGCGGAAACUCUCCAAAGAGUUUCCAGCUCCUGCUUCAGGACUGCACCGAGUUAAAGGAGCCAGAAAAAAGUUUCAGACAGACACAAACUCAGCCGCGGAGAGCGUCGGGAAUGGCGAAGGGGCGGAAUGGUCCUCCAGCCGCGCGGCACAUGUGAGCCAAGAGGCCACCGGUAACGUUUCUUUUUAUUUCAAAGUUGACGGGGAAAGGGCAGUGAGAAGCGAGAGUGAAGGAGACACAUCUGAGAGCUGACUGUCAGGAGUGUGUGCUGUCACCCCGACACGAUGGUUUGUCUGCCGAGACUCAGCUGGGUCUUCCUGAGCGCUCUCCUGCACACUGUGGCACCCUGGGGCGCACACCGACCGGACAGACCGAGGCAGUGCGACACACCAAAGUCGCAAAGUGACAUGAACUCUUUUCUGUGGAGAGUAAAGCGUGCACCUCCUCACCCACCUGCUUACUUAUUUGGCACCAUCCACGUGCCCUACACUCGAGUCUGGGACUUCAUCCCAGACAGGUCCAAGCAGGCUUUCCACAACAGCCGCAAUGUGUUCUUUGAGCUGGACCUGACCGACCCUCUGACCAUCUCCAAGCUGACCAGCUGCCAGCUGCUGCCCCACGGAGAGAACCUGCAGACCCUGCUACCUCGAGACUUGUACCGCCGCCUCAAACGCCACCUGGAUUACGUCAAACACAUGAUGCCUUUCUGGAUGACCGCUGACCAGCGUGGGCGCGGCCUGUAUGCUGACUACCUGUUCAAUGCCAUUGCGGGAAACUGGGAGAGGAAAAGGCCGGUGUGGGUGAUGCUGAUGGUCAACUCGCUGACGGAGUGGGACGUUCGGACCAGGGGGACGCCUGUGCUGGACCUGUUUUUGGCUCAAGAGGCUGAGAGGAUGGGAAAGACGACCGGGGCGGUGGAGCGGGUGGAGGAGCAGUGUCACCCCCUCAAUGGACUCAACUUUUCUCAGGUGCUGUUUGCUUUGAACCAGACACUGCUGCAGCACGAGGGCGUCCGAGCAGGCAGCCUGCAGGGCUCCUACACUACCGAGGACCUCAUUACUCACUACAACUGUGGAGACCUCAGCUCCAUCAUCUUCAACCAUGACACCUCACAGCUGCCUCACUUCAUCAACAGCUCCCUGCCAGCUCAUGACCGCAUGACCGCCCUGCAGAUCGACAGCUACUUCCGCCAGGAGCUCAUUUACAAACGCAACGAGCGAAUGGCUCGCCGUGUGUCUGCCUUGCUGCAGAGAAAUCCCAACCAGACAUACUUUUUUGCUUUCGGUGCAGGUCACUUCCUGGGAAACCACAGUGUACUGGACAUCCUGAGACAGGAAGGCUACGAGAUCGUCCACGUGCCCCCCGAUCACCAAGAGCCGGUCACAGAGAGCAAACCAGCUAAAGAGCCUGCAGCACGGCCCAGCGAAGAGGGCACCGUCACCAGCACGAUAUCUCCCGACAGCUGGCUGACCAGUCCAACAGACAUGGAGCUGGAGCUGGACGACCCAGAGAACAUGCCCGGCCUCGGAGACGAGGAGCUGCCUCACAUUCUGCUCCCCGACAGCCUGAGCCAGCUGGAGGAAUUUGGACGGCACAAGAGGCCUCGCAAAGUUCACCGCGGCCACGGGAGGCCCCGCCUCUUCAGUGACCUGUGGGUUCGCAUUGGGGAUAGCACUACUCCACCACCUAAUGUGAGGAUAAUAAAUGGCUAUGUGACAGUGGAGCCUCCGCUGACUCAUCAAGAGCAGCACAGACGGAUGGAGAUCUCCGCCACAGAGCAACAUCCCAGCCCAGCUUCCUCCACUCCGCCCAACCCCAGCUCAGCGCAGCCAGCCUCGGUCCACAGCACGCUCACACUGGCUUGUAUUUUAGCCUGGCUUCUAUCACACAUGCUGUUGACCUCCUGACCACAAGACAGCGUUAUCUCACAGACAAACACCACAGACACUACUGCCUCCAUACCAGAGCAGUGGAAUGUACCUGAUAAACAAGGACAGACCAUCAGCACAUGCAGAAAAGAGAUGGAGGAACAAUGGCCGAGCCUGCUGUCGGCCUCCAACUACAGGGAGGGGAUCAGCUCCAGCCUGCCCAAGUCUUAACAAAACUUGUCAAGUCUCAAAAUGUGUGGAAGAGAUCUCAGUCACGACACAAGCAACGGAUGAACUGUGUUGGAGUCUUCAAAACUCCUGAAAGUAUUAUGGUAGAAUAACAAACUUAGCACAAUGAAGAGCUGUAAUUCUGAAGAGUUUGUGAGGUGGGACUUUCUAAUGAAAACUGUAAUACUGUAUAGAAGAAAAAGACAUUAAUAAUGAGAGUAGGACAUACUAAUACCAGUUAUAACUCUGUGAUAAAUGAGUUGAAUGCUUACAGUCAAACAGUACUGUGUAGGAGGUGGAGCACUCAGUUGCCACUUUUUUGUAAAUUGUGCAUUUUGUUCAUAAAGAAAAUUGUAUAUUUAUUAUUUGUGGAAGAAAAGAGUAUAUUUUCUUGCUUUUUAAAGAUAAAUAAAAAAAAAAAAACUAAUAAAGUGUAACAAGACUU